AUGCCACUAGCGCUCGUCGUACGUGAAAAUAAAAAGCUCGUUCUUGAAGAAGUCACUCUCCCUACUUAUGGACCUAGAGAUCUUUUAAUCAAAGUAACUCAUAUUGCACAGAAUCCAACAGACUGGAAAUAUGUUCAUUUUGGUGCUGCUAAACCAGGAUCAAUCGUUGGUUGUGAUUUUGCUGGCGAAGUUGUCGAAAUAGGCAAAGAAGCAAUUGGGGACUACAUCAAAGGAGAACGUGUAGCUGGUUGUGUUCAUGGUGGUCUCAAUCCUGAAGUUGGUAUUCGUGGUGCCUACUCAGAAUAUGUUGUUCAAGACGCAUCACUUGUCUUUCGAUAUCCUACUAUAAUUUCUUCGGACGCAGCUGCAACUAUUCCACUUGCUUCUAUUACAGCAGCUCUUGGUCUAUUUCAUGAGAUGGGCUUACCUUUACCGCUUGCAAAAGCCGACAAAUUUGUCCUGAUUUGGGGAGGUAGCACAAGUGUUGGACAAUAUGCUAUUCAACUUGCUAAAUUAGCUGGUUGCUUUGUUAUUACUACAGCGUCGUGUGCUCGUCAUGAUUAUUUAAAAAGUCUUGGCGCUGAUUAUUGUCUAGACUAUAACGAUCCAAACGUUGUCUCACAAAUAAAACAGAUAACUAAUGAUAAUUUGUCGUAUGCUUUCGAUUGCAUCUCAGACAAAGAAUCAAUUAAACGAGUGUGCGCUGUACUCAACGGUAAUAAUCCACAAGUAGUCACCAUUCUGCCAAAUGUAUCAAAUGAAAUACCAUCACAUAUCAAAGAACGUAGUGUCUUAAUGUAUACGAUCUUUGGACGUGAAAUGAACAUCUUUCGUAAACAAUACAAAGCUAAACCAGAAGAUAAAGCAUUUGCCGAAAAAUUCUAUAAAUUACUUUCGGAUGUUUUAUUACCUAAUCAUCUUUUAAGACCGAAUAGAGUAACUAAAAUGCCAGAUGGACUCAAUGGAGUGGAAGAAGGCUUCACACGAAUGAUGGAAAAUAAAAUAGCAGCCGAAAAAUUGGUUUACACAGUGGCCGAGACAACAAUAAAUUCUAAUUUAUAG